CCUGCCACUAGGCCAGAAACUCAACCCUUUCCUUGUUCCAGGAACACUCACGACCGGGGAAGUGAACUAAGUUCAUGUUUUCCUUCAUACAGACAAAGGAAGUACAGGACCUAAUGGCGAUAGAUACAAGCGUUGCCACCCUGGCUUGUUGCCUUCUGGCACUUUCUUUUGCUGUGCCAACAACAGAAAACAAUGCGUUAUCUAUCACAACUCCAUCAGCAACCACAGACUUUAACCUGACACAAGUGACUACAGUGCAAACGUCACAUCUAACUGAUACCGCAGACUUCACUGAGGAUGUAACAGAAAAUACCGCCACAACGGUGGACAGUGGAACAUUCACCAAAACCACGGCAGCCACAACUGAGAACACAAGUCAGGCUCAGACUCCUCAGUCAACAACCAUAUUGCCUCCUCUAACAAACAGUGCACCACUGGAGACCACAAUACCUACCACUCAAACUCCAACACUGACUGCACUAACAACACAAGUAAUCCAGACCACAGCAGGCAACACAAGGUCACCUGAUACUCCAGCGAUUACAACUGAAAGUUCAUCUUUCACAACUUCAGGUUCCGUGGAUAGGACCUCGAAAGGUUCGGACCUAAACACUUCUGAAAAGAGUAUGACUAUUGUCUUCAGUGUUGUACUUGGGGUGUUUAUGGCGGCAUUGCUUAUGUUUGUGUUUCACAAAUGCAAACAGAAACUCCAAUUUAUGCAUCAACCUCUUCACAACACAGAUGAAUUUGUGGCAGACGAUGACACACUAGUAAUUUCCGGAGGACUUUAUGAUGGCCAUCCAAUCUAUGAUAAUGUACCUUCAGCUCCUGGAGACCAGUCUCAGUUUCGACUCGAGUUCAUUUAAUGAAGUGUCACAGUUCUGACAGUUUGGUACUUGACAGGCAUGGACAAAACAGAUUUUCAUCAUUCACCAAUAAAUUUAUUAAUUUCAAGACU